UCUUGUUGAAGUCGACUCACUUAUAUAUAUAAUGCCUCUCCAAAGCUGCUGUGUUCCUGGCUCCACCUGGAAAAGGACUUUACACAUUUGCUCACAAUGCUGCGUUGGCCCUGCAUGACCCCUACAAGACUGCACAUCUCUGAGAUAAUGCUGGAUAUAUUUAGCCAUGUUAUCACGCCGCAAGUCCAUUGAAGAUAGCGAUGCCCCGGCGAACAAGGGAAAGACGCAGAACAUAUUAUUGAAGUACUCCACAGCCAACGCAUUUGUUAACCGUCUUUCGAAGGCCUCGUUCGCAAGAUCCCGCAUCGAUGGCGCCUCCUCAGCUCCAUCCGCGUCUUAUUGGGACGUGCACCGAUCCCCGGGGUCCUCCUCUGCCACGCCACUACCUCCGGACUCUGACCCCGCAGCUGCCUUCCUGGAUACCAUGCCGCCCGCCACCCCGCCAGUCCGCGGGCCGUACUACGGCAUGUAUGCGGAGUACGAUGAGGUGAUGGACGUGCUGCACACCGGCGUGGUUGCAGAUGGGAGCUCAAGGCGCCUGCUGGCCCAUGUGGGUCGCGAGCAGGUGGUUCACGUGGCGCACCUGGGUCUAGGCGCCUGCUGCUCCGUGGAUCUGGUUGCCGUACACUGCACCGACGGCAGCCGCGUGCUGGCGGCCGCCAAGUCCUGCUACCUGCCGCCCAGCGACCCCCGCAUGCGCGCCUCGCUGCGGGAGGCGGAGCUGCUGCGCCGCUGCGCUGACUGCCCCUUCAUCAUGCAGCUGCUGGUGGUGCUCCAGGACCAGCCGGGGGAGGCGACGGGGCGGCCGCUGCAGCACCAGCAGACAUGGCAGCCGAGCACCGGUGGCGCCAGCAGCUGGGGCGUGUACGGCACCGGUAGCAGCACUGCGGGCAGCGAUGGCACGGUUCCAGGACCCAUGCCGCGCUGCAUGAGUGAGCUCCGGGCCGCACCGGACGCCUGGCUCGGGCGGAGCGCCACCAUGGGAGGUGGCGUUGGCUACGGCGGCGCGGAUAGCGGCGUUGAGCUUAGUGGCCAGUCGCAGUCAGCCGGCGGGGGUAUUGUUGCCUCCAUGGCGGGCAGCGUCGCCUACCAGGCAUGGGCUCAGUGGCGGGGCGGCGGCGGCGGCGCAGAGGAGCUAGAGCGGCAGCUCUGGCAGCGGCUGGCGGCGGCCUCUGCCUCCUACUCGGGAGGCGGUGGUCGCGGAGAUGACGGUGGCGGUUUUGGGCUGCUUCAAGACGUUGUGGAGGUGCGGGGCAGCGGCACUGGAGGGGCGGGCUGUAGCAGCUGGGAUUGCGGAGGCGGCGGCGUGUUCUCGUUGCACAGUACCUUGCUGGACAGUGGCUGCAGCAACAGCAUGGCUGCUGCUGCGGCGGCGCAUGGACACGGGGGAGGCGGGGGGUGGCAGCAUUGCGGUUACCCGGAGGGCAGUUACCAUACCGGACAGGGCUACACGGAGACUACGCCACCCGGGACUCCGCGCCGCAGCAGCUGCAUGCGCCGCCGCGGAUCGCUGGAGAUCAUCGACAUGUACGGGGGCUGCGUCGGCAUCUGCGGCGGCGACGCUAGCAGUGCCGGCGGCGGCAUCCCCGCCUCGCAACCCUCCGCCCCCGCCUCCUCCCGCCCAGAGGCCCCCGUCAUGUGCACGCUGCUGCUGGGCUGGGCUCGCUGCGGCGACCUGCGGCGGCUGGUGCAGGUGCUGCUGGGGCGCUCGCCUGCACACCGGCCGCAGAAGCACCACUCGGCCGCGGAGCCGGGCCACAGCAGCCUGCCGCCGUUGAUGAAUGAGGAUGCGGCGCGGUUCUACAUGGGCUGCAUGGUGCUGGCGCUGGAGCACCUGCACGUGCGCCUGCACACCGUGCACCGGGACCUCAAGCUUGCCAACCUGCUGCUGCUGUCCAGCGGCUACGUGGUGGUGGGCGACCUGGGCACCGCAGUGGACCUCUCCACGGUGCCGGGGGGCAGGCUCAGCUCGCGGGUGGGCAGCCCAGGCCACAUGGCUCCCGAGUGUCGCGACCGCGACGAGGCCGGGUACGACACCUCCGCCGACAUGUGGUCGCUGGGCGCCUGCCUCUUCGCGCUGCUCACCGGCCACCUGCCGGCCGGCACUGCGGGCCCGCCCGGCCGCAGCUGGUCCCCGCCGCUGAGCCGCAGCUGGUCGCGUGAGCUGCAGGACCUGCUGCUGCGGCUGCUGGCGUGGGCGCCCAGCCAGCGGCCGACGGUGGGGGAGCUGCUGCGUGACCCGUGGUUCAGGGGGUUCAACUGGGCGGCGCUGCGGGCGCAGAAGAUGCCGGCGCCGAGCAGCACGCCCUGGAGGGAGCUGCUGUGGUGGCCCAAGGAGACCAAGCAGGCGCUGUGACUCGUGUGACACGCGGUGAGGUGUGGGCUCCGGCUGCCGACCCGUCCGUCGUGUGUGAGCAGAACGGCUACACAGGAGUCAAGAGGCACACAGAGGGUGAAAGGGACACCAGCCCUGUUGUCAGCAACAACCCUUUUUACUCGCAUUUUGGCCAUCCUUGACUCUCUUUCCGCCUUGCCGCAGCCGUCGCAAGGCCCAUGUGAACGCCUGUGACCGUACUAUGUAGCAAUUGCGGUGUUGCUGAGACCUGAAGCGCUAUUGUAUUGUAACUAAGCACCUCCUCGUUUGGGGCAGGAGGGUUUCAUGUGACGACCGAUCCUGUUUGCCUUCUGCUGCUUGGGGUGCGUGCAUGUGCGCAUAACUGUGAAACCAGGACGGGAGGCGUGUGUGCUAGCCUGACUGUCUCUGCUUGUCUCUUGCUUGGACUGUGCAUAAUAGAAAAGGAUAGGCGGGCGGAGCGACUCCUGGAGAUUGAUUUUGGCUGCAGGGCCGUAUACUUGAGGGAGAGAAGCGACGGUGUGCUGCAGGAUGCGUCUAUAGGCUGUUGGUGUACCGUUUGUAGAUUGGUGUGUGAUGUGUUCACACUAGGACGCUGCCGUAAUCCUGGUUGCUUCAAAAGCUGUAAGUCUGCGGGUGUAUUGCGCUCAAGGACGUUUUUGCUUGACGCACUGCCGUAUCGUCGUGGCUAUAACAAGUUUGUUUCCGUACAUAGAGGUUGUUAGUUGUGGACAAGUAUCAGGGUUGGGGGGGGCAUGGUUGAGGUUGGGGGGGUUGGCUUUUGCUGUCCUGUACGGAAGAUGCAGCAGCUGCCACUGAUCGGGGGGAUAGGUUGGUGUAUUCGAUCAUGCAGCGGGUGAUUGUUGAUGGCGCACAUUCCCACGCACGCGUUUGCGCACGCCAUCCUUAUUAUGUAUGAUACACACCAGAAGGUUUGUUGCCUGAGGGCGGUGUUGGACGGCAGAGGCGACGAUCAUGAUACCUGCCCUUAGAGUAUAUGCCUAUCCAGCAUAGCAUAUCUAAUACCGGUACUCAGACAGUUUUUGGAAGUUGGUAGCUGUCUAGUAUCACUUGCAGGGGCUUUCCGGCAGCGUUUUGCCUUUUGGUGGCACCCUGCAAUGUAUUCCAAGCAGCGGGGCGUGUCCCGUACGGUUAGUUGCAACGCCCUGUUGAAGCGUGUGUGCUGUGCCAACAUGCAGGGCACGCACAUGAAAGGGGCUUUACAUGCACGUGCAUGGCGUCCAUCCACUCCGUUAGCGUUAAUGUUGAGCGCAAGCAGCCGACGUCUGGUGGCUGCCUGAAUGGAGUGUACCUGGGUCUGCAUUACUAGCUGCAAGAGCGUGCUUGAAGUUGCCUACACCACCGUGUACUACCACCAUGUAAGUUACGCCGUCAGUGUC